AUGGCACCCGAUCCUCAAGGUUCUUGCUUCAGCUCGACAACGAGAGGCACUCCAGUCGCGACCAGCGGCAACGAUAACGGCAGUGGCAGCAGUAGCGUUGGCACGCGUCAGAGCAGCUCCUCGGGCAGCAGCGUCACCCAUGUCGGUAGCAGUGGUAGCGGUAGCACCACCACGGUGGCUGGGUCGACUGGUAGCAGUCACUGUGACGACAGCAAGGAUGCGUGGGUAUCAGCAGAAGAAAUUCAUUAUACUAUGUUGCCAUAUAAAUGGCAGAGCAUAUAG